GCCCGCUCGGAAGCACAGCACAAGGUUGAAAAUGCACGCACGCUGGCAUCCAGUCAUGCAAAAUAUGGACAAGGAGAAAGCCAAAAACAAGUCUACAGGAGGACAUUAGGACCCGGGAGAAAGCUUCCUAUUGUGCCUACCCCUUGCAUUAAAUAUAGCUUGCUGAAUGAGGUCUUGAGAACUCCAGUGAAGAGACCUCCACAUAGUUGUUCCUCUCAGAACUUGUUUGUGUUUUUAUGUAUGGCUAUGUGUGUAAAUCACACAAGUCUGAAUGUUUAUGUGCAGGACACAGUGGGUGUGUGUGUAAGUGAAUGGGUGGGUCAAAUAAGUAGCGUGCCUCUUUGACACACACACACGUACACAAAGUGAGGGAUGCUUCAGCUGUGCAAGGUAACAGACUGUCUGCUGAUAAGCAAUGCCCGCUCAGCCUGCAGUGAUGAACUCAUCCAGAAGGAGGCAGUCACGCUCUGCAUCAAUGUGUCCAAACAGCAGCCCUUCCCCUCCACCCGCGUUGGCACCUUCAGAGUGCCUGUCUAUGAUGACCCCAAUGAGGACCUUUACAAAUACUUCGACCGUUGCGCAGAUGCCAUCGCAAGUGAAGCAGACCGGGGUGGCCGCAGCGUUGUGUACUGUAAGAAUGGUCGCAGUCGCUCGGCAACCAUUUGUGUGGCAUAUCUGAUGAAAUACCAGGGUCUUUCCUUAACAGAGGCCUUUCAGACUGUAAAAAAUGCCAGGUCAGUGGUGGAGCCAAACCCAGGAUUUUGGGCCCAGUUGGAGAGAUAUGAAGAGGAGCUGAGGAGCAGGAGACCAACACAGAAACAUAAAUGCAAGCUGUUCCUCCACCUUUCUCUAGAGGAGCUGUUUCCACAAAGAAGACAACCAAGCCAUAAAUCAUAGUAGUCCUUAAAUAAUUAUAUGUAAUUAUGUUAUGUCUUGGGAAA